AUAAGCUACGUUGGAGGCGGUUUACUUCGCUGACACUACAGGCAACCGAAAUGCUGACCGAGCAAUUAUUGCGGGGGAACUUCGCGCUGGUGCUCACGCGGCCAGCCUUGUGAAGAAGAUCCUUCCCUUCUUCCGCGCUCGACCGACGUGGAACUCCUGCCAAGCGUAAUGACAAACUACCCUCCGGAUCGAGACGGGGUAAUUCUACCUCUGAAGAUCUGCGUAGGCGUCACGUCAUGUCUGUCCAUCGUGGGAGGGUUCCUCAUCGUCCUCACCUUCUGCUGGAGAGUCUGUUCCAAGAAGAGAGGGGACUCCCCGUACCAUCCCGGAAACCAGGGAAGACACAGCUUCAAAGAGCGAAUGCUGAGCCCAGGUCGAAUAAUUCUAGUGAAUCUCAGCCUAGCAGAUAUCCUAGUGGGUGGUACUCAUCUGUGGGGAGUGGUUGGUGGCUACGAGAGGUACUAUGCCAUGAGGAACCAAAACGCCCUCAACAACGGUCCAAACGGGAGCACGGACACCGCGUGUAGCAUACAGGGCGCUCUGGCAGUGUAUGGAACAAUCUCCUCUUUUCUUUGGACUAUAACUCUCAGUUUCUUUGUGGUGGGGACACUGGCUCUGCCGCACCCAAGACGCUAUGGUAGCGUGUGUGCAGUUCUACUCUAUGAACUGAUAUGCUGGGGGUUUCCAGCAGUGGUCGUUACAGUGGUGGCUGUGAGACGAGAGUUUGGACUCGAUGUUGAAGCUGACAUAGCCUGGUGCUACAUCUUGCCAAGGUCAAAAGAGCAAAACCUGUUCAUUAGUCUGUUUGCCUACAACCUAUGGAGCUACCUCACCAUCCUUCUCCUCCUCGCCUUCUUCUUCGUCACUCUCUGCUAUACCUGCAGUGGCAAGGGCUGGGACAGAGGUGGAGUGAGUGAGAGAGCCCCUCUGGUCAACCAGCAGCCACCUCAAGAGAGAAAGUCGGACUACUUCAAGUUGAUAUUUGCAGCGCUGAUUUUAGUCAUCCUGAGAAUGUGGGAUGCAAUCUAUGUCUCCCUCAGCUACCAUCGUAACUACGACCAAGAUGUGGAGGACUCGCAGUGGAUCGUGCUCCUCAUUUUCCUGGCAGUAAGAGUCCACCUUAUUACGAUGCAACCGAAACUACUGUAUAGGUUUUGAUUAUCCAAUUCUCAAGUACACUGCUCUAUGCUCGUCAGCUUGAAUACAGGUAGACCUCUGAAUAGAGGACUCCUUCGUUAUUCAGAGGUGUCCUCUAUUCAUAGGGUAUAGGGAACUCAGCCCAGGGGUUCGCCAAUGCUAUUCUGUUUCUCCUGUGUACCAAGACUUACAGACGAUGGAUCAUUGACAGCUGUGUCUCCUGCUUCCGCUGCUGCUGUAGGCAACGAAACAACACUGAACUCCAUGACAACUGAAAUAGCUAUACAGUAGCUGGGAGUGUGUUUGCUUGUGUGUCUUAUUAUUUGUCAGUCCCGCCCAUGCCUCGGUGGGGGGCCGGGUGAUCUUCAUUUUUACACCCAAAAAAGCACAGGUAUCUGGAGAGUGAG